GCCCAUCUCUAUUGAGAAAAAACAAUGGAGUUCUUAGGUCCAGUUCAAGCAGCGUUUGCAGACAGCAGCAAGCUCAAGAUAGAGUAUGGACAGUCAGAUCUUGACUCAUGGGGUAUAAAGAACGUACAGCUUCGUUCCUAUCAGCUGGAUGGAUUUAGAUGGCUCCUCGAGCGACACAAGAUGGGUCAUGGUUGUAUUCUCGGAGAUGAGAUGGGACUGGGGAAAACAUUGCAGUCCAUCUCCCUACUGGCAUACCUCUACGCUAAUGUCGGUAGCCACACCCCUAGCCACACCCCCACGCUGGUACUAGCUCCUCUCUCUGUGAUUGAUAACUGGCAGUCUGAACUUACGAGGUUUGCUCCACAUUUACGAGUGCUGAACUACUCUGGCAGCAAAGAACGAAGAGAAGAACAGAAAGCUGAGGUGACUGAUCAUGUGACUGGACAAUCGUCCAAUUGGAAGAAAGCAAAGUAUCCGUUCCACAUCAUGCUAGGCAACUAUGAGGUGGUGAUCAGGGACUCAUCUUUCAUGCAAAGGAUUCCAUGGCAGUGUCUAAUUAUUGAUGAGGGUCAUCGACUAAAGAACUCUUCCUCUGUUCUCUACACUCUCCUAGCUCAGUUUGAUGUUGGAUUCCGUCUGCUGUUGACAGGAACACCAGUUCAAAACAACCUCACAGAGCUAUACUCUCUACUGAGCUUUGUCGCUAGCAGCCUCUUUCCCCUGACUAAAGUGGAGCAUUUCCUCUCAUCCUUCUCAGAUCUUAAAGAUGAUGAGGUUGCUAAGACACUGCAUUCUGUCCUGGAGCCAUUUCUACUCAGGAGGACAAAAAAUGAGGUUCUGGCUGACCUACCCGCCAAGACUGAGGUGGUGCUCUACACUGGACUGUCUGCCAUUCAGAAGAAAUACUACAAAGCCAUUCUGAUGAAAGAUCUUGCUGCCUUUGGUGAGGCUGGUAGCAAGACACGGCUGAUGAACAUCCUCGUCCAGCUGCGCAAGUGUGUGAACCACCCAUACCUGUUUGACGGGGUAGAGCCCGAGCCGUUUGAACUGGGAGAGCAUCUCAUCGAGGCCAGUGGGAAGUUGUUUAUCAUCGACAAGCUUCUUAGCCAUUUGCAUUCAAGAGGUCAUCGUGUGCUACUCUUCUCUCAAAUGACACGCAUGUUGGACAUUAUUCAGGACUACCUAGGGUACAGAGGAUACUCAUACGAGCGUCUGGAUGGCUCUGUACGUGGCGAAGAAAGAUUCUUAGCAGUGAAAAACUUCUCCAAGAAUGACGAAACAUUCAUUUUCCUGCUGAGUACGAGAGCUGGAGGUCAAGGUUUAAAUCUUGCGGGGGCAGAUACGAUAAUCUUUGUGGACUCGGACUUUAACCCCCAGAAUGACCUCCAGGCAGCGGCCAGGGCACAUAGACUGGGACAGACCAGACCAGUGAAGGUGAUUCGACUGCUGUGCAGACACACUGUUGAGGAGAUAGUGCUCAAGAGGGCGCUGGCUAAACUAGAGCUCACUCAGACUGUCAUUGAGGGAGGGCAGUUCUCACAGGGGGUGGGUGGAGUGGGUGUGGCCUCAGAUCUAUCGGAGAUUAUCAAGUAUGGAUUGGACCACCUGUUGCAGUCGGAGGAGAGCACACUCGUGGACGAGGACUUGGAGAGUGUGCUGGGACGGAGUGAGGACGGUGAGUGGGUGGAGCCAACCAAUCAAGACCACACCCACAAACAGGACGACUCAGAACAAGCCCCAGAGAAUAUGUACGUGUACGAGGGCGAGGAUUACUCUAAAGUCAGUGACUCUGACAAGAAGAGCUUCGACCAACUGCUAGCUGAGCAGCUGGUGGUGAGUGAGACUGAGUUAGGGGAGAGAGUGUUGCGUGGUGAGAAGCAGGUGUUCCUGUCACUGCCAGCUUCCCCCUCCUCUCGUAAGAGGAAGCCCCUCACUGACGAGCAGCUGCAAGAGAGGAGAAGGAAGCGGGAGGAAGCAAAGGCAAAGAGAAUGAAAUUGCUGGAGGAACAAGAACAAAAGAGAAUUGAGGAAAAACAGAGAAAAAAGCAGGCGUAUUGGGAUCGCCAUGACUACACGUCCCUCAACGUGACGCUGAACAGUGAUGAGAGCAGUGAGGAGAGUGAGGGGGCAGAUGAGUGGGGCUGUGAGGAUGUGGAGGGGGAGGAGCUCCGCUACCUGGUGGGAGAUGUGACCAGACCUCAACAAACAGGAACCUCCGACGCCAUUGUUGUACACUGCGUGGAUGACUCUGGUAGAUGGGGCAAGGGUGGUCUGUUCUCGGCACUUUCUUCUCGUUCUUUGGAACCUCAGACUCAGUACGAGGUUGCCGGGCGCAUGAGAGACCUCUCACUGGGCGACGCCCACUUUGUGCCCAUUGAUGACCUCAUGAGUAGAGACCAAGGCAGUGACUUAGUUGCCUUGGUAGUGGCUCAGAGGAGAGAGGAGGGUGGUCGCUUGUCAGGCAUCAAGCUCUCAGCUCUGAGCACUGGUCUGCAGAGGGUGGCCAAGAUGGCCAGGAGGAGAAAAGCCAGUGUUCAUCUCCCUCGUAUCGGCCACUCCACCCACAACUUCAACUGGUACGGGACGGAGAGGCUCAUCAGGAAGUACCUCUCCUCCAAAGGCGUACCAACCUACAUCUACUAUUUCCCUAGGCGAGGGAGUUCCUCUCGUCUGAGCUCCACACCUCACACAAGCUCCACCCUCCACACGCCCACACCCUCACUCCUCCCACGAGACUGCUCUCCGCUACCUGAUAUAUUCACUGGCCUAUCCUUCUACCUGCACGAGCUGGAGCCCCAAGUGAAGACCAGCAUCGCUCGCUACAUUGUGGCUUUUAAUGGUGAUGUCACUGAUACCGUUACCACGGACACCACUCAUAUAUUGUGUGAAGAGGAUGACUCGUCAGCUAAUAUGCAGGCCGUGUACAUUCCUGAUUCGUCAGUGGUGGUGCUCUCCUGGAAGUGGGUGGAGCUUUGUUUGAAUGACAAGAGACUUGUAUCACAUGAUGAAUUUGUUAGAUAGAAUAUUAGAUUUGUGCAUCACAACACCACGUACUGCAAAUGACUUAUAGCUAGAUAAUAGAUUGCUAUAAUUAAUGCAAUAAUAAUUAUGCUCCAACUGAGUUCUUAAGAAUGGUGUCUUUCAUAUAAA